AUGCGCUCAACCGAGACGCCAUCACAGGAUAUGGCUGAGCCGUUGCCAUCUGCUCCAUUGCUAGAGGUCGCCACCAGCACACGGUCCCCCGCGCCUGGCGGCGAUGAUGGCAAGCGUGAAGAAGUCACCAUGCUCUCCAGCUUUUCUCCACCCGUUUCCACCGUCGACGCCUCCACCCUCGUGGGGCCCACAGCCAGAGACAAACUCACGAAACACCCCGUGGAGAAGAUCGUCGUAGCCAACGAAGGUGCGAGCACUCCUUCUCUUGUGGGCGACACGACACAGUUCAGGAUAACGAAGAGGUUGCCGUUUCUGGCGGACACGGAGGGCACCGAGGUGAUUCUUGGUGAAACCUCACAGGGCUUCUUGUCCUCACCACUACCGUCUUCCGCAACGACCUGCAACUACCAUUGCACCCCCCAGCACAGCACUGACGCCUCCAGUCCGGAAGAUAACGAAUUAGACCGGCAUGUUGACGGAGGCGAUGACGAUGAUGCGGCGCGAGGCAACGCGAUACAAGACAAGUACAACAUCACAUCAGGGUGGGUCGACAACCUCCCGCCAGGCGACUCAACUGCUUCCCUUGAUAAACCCAUGCACGGCACUGCCAGUUCCGAGGUACCCUCUGUGGCGCCAUUCAUAGGGAGCAAGAAGCGCAGGCGCGGAGGAGCUGGUGGGAAGCAUGACCCUGCGAACGGUGGUGGUGGGGAACGCAAGCGUCGCGCGCAGAGGGCUGAGGAUGCCGAGGUCCAAGCAGCCUUCAAGCACUCCCAGCGAGUGCUGCGGAAGCAGGCAAAAUCGGUGAACAUGAGAGACGUGUUCUCCCAGACGCUUUCACUACCGUUGCCGCUGCAAGUCCCCACUGAUACUCUGGGUAACCACUCAUCCUUUCCUUCCAAGACCCCGCUUGCUAACACGCCCACUAACGGCAGCGAUGCAAAUGCUGAUGCCGCUACUACUGCUACGGCGGGUGUGUCCUCGUCCUCAUCGCUCCGAAUUCGCUCCCCUGCUUGCUCACCAGCGUCGCUUUUAUCGCCGUCUUCGCCAUCAAGCAGCAGCGUGUGGUCCCCAGGUGUGGUAGGAGAGCUGACGAGCCGGUUUCUUGCACAGGUGCAGCAGCAGAAGCGGCAGAAGUUUGAGCAGAUGGUAUCACGAGAGCUUACCCAGUCCCAGACGUUGAGCCAGACGCAGAGCCUUACACAACACCCACGACAGCACGGCGAUGCUGAGAAUGGUCAGGGCAGUGGCGACGGCGAAUACAACCCUCGUACGUGCACGUACUACGGGAUGGCGAAUGACUUCACCAUACCGGUUGACGAGCUCGUGAUUGGGGACGAGGACAAUGAGGCGGCGAACUGGAUGCCGGCCGAUCCGUCCUCGCCUACCUCACAGCACGCGCGGCGCAUGAUCCAGCGGGAUCCAGUUACAAGCGACGAGACUGUGCUACUGGGAGCCAGCUCGGGCGAGGAGGGGAGAUUUGCGUCGUGCUCCAACACGCUUGCCGAAGGUCAAAAGGCUGAGGACGAGGAGGUGUCACAGCAGCAAGAGCAGGCAAUGAGGUCGCUCGCCCGCAAGCAUGAAAUCUGGAAGCUGAAGCAGCAACAGCUGCGGGCCCAGGAGCAGGUCGAGUUGGACGAGCGCGCUAAGGCAAUGCAGAAACAGCGGUCGACCAAACUCGUCACGGCUGUCACCGCCGCUGCCGCUUCUUCCGGCAACAUCCACUUUGCCCGCGGCGACGCUGAAGGGACUCCGGCGACGCCUGCGCCGUUGUUCACCUGCUCCUUUCGCACUUAUCAGGCUUCCGCAACAGGCAUAGACCGCGGCGAUGACAGUGGUGGUGUGAAUGCUACUGUGGCCCCGCGCUCUACUCAAUCGGCAAAGUUGUCUGCAGAGGCUAUUUCAAUGAUUCGCCGCAUCAACAGCUUUGACAACACCUCAACCCAGCGCGUCGUCGUCUUUGGCACAGCGGCGUCGAAACAGGGGAAGGAUAAGCGCAUGCAGCGGUGA